UAGUCCGAAGGAGACCCACAUGGCUACCGCUACCGCCUCGCUGAGAAGGGUCGCUCGGGAGCUUUUGGCCACGCUGGCGGCGACUCGAAGUGGCCACCGGGGCGUGCAUCGAUUCAGUGCUCUACCACUUAAUGUGCCCCCUGCCACACCCUUAGGAAACAAAAGCUAUCUGAAUGGGACUUCAGACAUUCCACUUAUCUCCAAAACUUUGGAUCAGUGCCUGGAGGAAACCACCCACCGGUAUCCUGAACGAGAAGCCGUGGUAUUCUCAGCCGAAGGGAUCAGAAAGACUUUUUCUCAGUUUAAGCAAGAUGUGGAACAGGCUGCCUCCGGGCUUCUGGCCCUUGGUUUGAGAAAGGGAGAUCGACUAGGAAUAUGGAGUCCUAACAAUUAUGAAUGGGUUUUAAUGCAAUUUGCUACAGCCCAGGCAGGGAUCAUUCUGGUAUCUGUGAACCCAGCAUAUCAGUCCCACGAGUUGGAGUUUGUCCUGAAGAAGGUUGGCUGCAAAGCACUUGUGUUCCCCACACAGUUUAAAACUCAGAAAUACUAUGAGAUCUUGAAAAAUGUAUGCCCAGAAUUGGAACAUUCUAAUCCAGGAGCACUGAAGAACAAAAAUCUGCCAGAGCUUUCUGUUCUAAUCUGUGUGGAUGCCAAGCUCCCUGGCACUUUCUCCAUGCACGAAGUGAUGCAAGCUGGAGAGAGCAGCCACAAGAAGAUGCUACAGGAGACACAGAAGAUGCUGAUCUGCAAAGAGCCAAUUAACAUUCAGUUUACUUCAGGAACAACAGGUAGCCCCAAAGGAGCAACGCUUUCCCACUACAACAUAGUGAAUAAUGCAAACUUCAUUGGUAUAAGGCUGGGAAUAAAUGAGGAGGAAUCUCGCUGUUGUCUUCCAGUCCCCCUCUACCACUGCCUGGGAUCUGUGGGGGGCUGUAUGGUGAUGGCUAUUCAUGGCACCUCCCUUGUCUUCCCAUGUCUCAGCUUUGAUUCCAAAGCCACUCUGAAAGCCCUAGACCACGAAAAGUGUACCCAUGUGCAUGGCACCCCAACAAUGUUCAUAGAUAUGCUAGGCCAGCCUGACUUUGCCAGGCACGACCUCUCAAAUCUUCGGGGAGGGGUUAUUGCAGGUUCACCAGUGCCUCCUGAAGUUAUGAAGAAGCUUAUCCAGGAAAUGAAUAUGCAGGAGAUAGUAGUUGCUUAUGGAACAACAGAGAAUAGCCCAGUCACCUUCAUGGGUUUCCCUCAAGACAACUUUGCACAGAAAACAGGGACUGUAGGAUGUAUUUUACCACACACAGAGGCAAAAAUUGAGGAUCCUAGUACAGGGGAAAUCCUCCCAUUAAACAGCCGAGGAGAACUUCAGGUUCGAGGCUACUGUGUCAUGCUGGGAUAUUGGGCAGACCCCAACAAAACUAGUGAAGUGUUGAAUGACGAGAAGUGGUACAAGACUGGGGACAUUGCUAUCCUCGAUGAGAAUGGCUACUGCAAGAUUGUAGGUCGCUGCAAAGACAUGAUUAUUCGAGGAGGGGAGAACAUAUAUCCAGCAGAGCUUGAACAAUUUCUACACACCCAUCCUAAAAUUCAAGAAGUACAGGUAGUUGGUGUAAAAGAUAAGCGAAUGGGAGAAGAGAUCUGUGCUUCUAUCAGAGUGAAAGUUGGAGAGGAAUGCACGGCAGAAGAAGUCAAGGCAUUUUGCAAAGGAAAGAUUGCUCAUUUCAAGAUUCCUCGAUACAUAGUGUUCGUGAAGGAUUUCCCACUCACUGUCUCAGGCAAGAUUCAGAAAUACAAACUGAGAGAGCGGAUGGAGAAACAUCUUCAACUUUGAACAGGAGGAGGGAGCAUAAGAGAUCUCAAAAUGAACAUGCUGUCUGCCAGCUUCUUUUAGUUCCAAACAUUUAAGAAAUUGGGAAGGGUCACCAGCCUGCCUUAAGAAGCAUUAGUCUGCUGAUUACCAGGUCAAGUUUGCUUAAAAUAGUGUGCUUUUUCUAAAAUAAAAAUUUAGAAAAAUAAAAA